AAGACAAUGAAUGCUGAAAAUGACUUUAAAAUGUCAGUUUAGUGAAAGUAAAAAUGUAUUUGUACAUUUAAUUCAUCUUUCUAUAUUAAAUUUUCGAUCAAUGUACAAGACCAGUAUUUUAAUAGUGAUGAGAAUAACAAUAGUAAUAGUAAUACACUUUGUUUGUAUAGCGCCGUUCAUACAUGAAUGCAAGUCUUUCACAGAGGAUUAAAAGAUAAAAUAGAUUUUAUAGGUAUUCAUUUAAAUAAGAUCACAUAAACAAAAGUACAAAAAAUACAUUUAUAAACAGUAGUAAUAGUAAUUAUAAUAGUGGUAAUAAUAAAAAAUAAUAAUACUAAUAAUAUUAGAAAUUUAAAAUAAAUUGAUAGCAUAUAUAGAGAGAACAGAAGGGGUCCAAGAAUAGACCCUUGUGGAACUCCAAAAGGCAUGUCAUAUUUUUUUGGAAAUAUGGUCAUUUAUAGUGACUAAGUGCUUUCUACCAAUAAAAUAAGAAUAAUCCUCUUAAGAACAUUUCCUCACACUCCAGCCCAUUUUCAAGUCUAUCUGUUAAUAUUGUGUGGUCUGCAGUGUGAAAAGCAGCAGAAAGAUCAAGCAGUAUGAGAAAUAAUGCAUUGUUCCCAGCAGUAUUGACUCUGAGGUCAUUAACUACAACCUGACUAGAACUUUUCCAAAAUGUUAUUACUGAGGAGAAAGAUGUUUAGUUGCUCUAGUACAUUAGAACAUUUUCUAUUAUUUUGCGUAAGAAAUGCAGGUUGGAUAUUGGUCUAAAAUUGGUCAAGUUGCUAUUACGUCUUGACUACUACUUUAAGCUUGACUAAAGUAGUAUUCAUAUUUUGAACCAUAUCAUGCACUGGAACAGUGGAGAUCGAUUUCUGGUGAUUUAGCAAAUGUCAGCAAAAUCAGCUGCAAUCAAUUCUUGAAAGUAACGUUUUUUUAUGCAGCCAGUGGUAAAAAUAAGCAAUAAUUGUCUGAAAUUGCUACAUCAAGAAUUUUAUUCACGUGAACGGUAACAACUUGUGUAAUUAUUAAAUCUAAAGUAUAGUGUAUGGUCAUGGUCGAAAUCUGUAGGGGACCAGACCUGCUUAUAAAUUUCCUUAAAAUGUGUCUGAUUUUGAAUUAACGUUAAUUUGAGAGAAAUUAUCCCGAGAUUUAAUUCAGUUCUGAACUUGUUCUUUAAAUUGUGAAUGUUAACUGAAGUAACAAAGUAUUCAGUUCUAUCUAAAUUGAGAAUCUGCCACACAGGCUGUAAAAAGGUAAUAAAGUUAUUUCAUGUAGAUGACUGUGGUUCAACACAACUCGUCAAAUACAAAGCAGCCAUGGGAAAAAAUGUCAGAGCAGUGUUAAAGGGAAGUGUUCAUGCUUCUUUCAUAAAAAAAGUUUGUGAAAUGGAAAGGGAAAAUGUACAUUUGUAGUAAGAAAGGUGAAUCUUUGUGUUUAAAUGUAUCUUUUAACCGUAAUUACAUUACUGUUUCUUGUUGAGGAAGGAAUUCUUGUUGGUAGAGGAAUCUAAUUUAACACUAAAAACUCUAAAUAAAAUUGUGUUCUUCAUGAAAGUGGUGUCGUUUCCAUAUUACUGAAAUAUUUUAUCGGCCUCAGCAAACAUGACAGGUGGUUUUCACUGAGCUGAGAUUGUCUUUCCCACAGGAAAUUUUAUUGGCAUCAAGUUCUCAUAUCUAAUAUCUAACAGUGGCCUUCUCUAGAAUGACCUUAUGCUACAAAACAUUGAACACAGCUUACAGAUAAAUAUUCUUUAGUAGAUUUGAUAAAAAAUUAUUUAAUAAAUCGCCACCUCAGAUUUCAAAAUAAACAUGAAAUCAGUCAAGUCAUGAGAUUUCAGUAAACAUUUUGGUAAUAGUCAUGUUUCAGUAACUUUUCAGUAGUAAUGUAAUACACUGAUCAGUUAACUGUUAAAAUAGUGGGAUUACAGAUUGCUACUUAGAUUAAUUUGAUUACUAUUUUAGAUGAAUGGACCAUUUAGCAUGAUUAGAACUCUAAAACCAAGCCGUAUUUGUAAAAUUAUUAAAAGUUAAAGGACUUGUUGGCCCAUAUAUAUCAAGCAUCUAAGAGGAAAAACACUGAUCUAAGAUCAGGCCUUACAGGGGCCUUAUUCAGUGCAGUGUAAAAGGCAUAAACUGAUCCUUUGAAAUGGAAACAUUUAAAACAAAAAGUGAAAGCUUGUAGUAGUGAGAGGCAGCGUCUGUCUAGUAAAUGUAAUGUUCGUCUGCUUGAAACUUCUGUUCUCUUUUUCCCCAGAGCUAAUUUUGGUUUAUUGACUUCUCUGUCCCCAAUGUCAGCUGAGCAUUUGAGGUUUUGACCAAAAUACAAUUGCCUGCAACAACUAGGUUAAGCUGUCCUGUUCUAGAAAGUCUCAACCUAGUUGUCCAGCUUUUUGUUUGUCGUAUUUUCCAGUGGUUGGAUUGAUAGAUUGACUGGUUGAGUUUAAAGAUUCACAAGAAAAACACCAUAUAGAGCAGCUGUCCCACAGUUACUGUGCAGCUAUUAAGCUGGUUAUCUUUAACAGGAAGUGUAACUAGCUCUGUAUGCGGUGAGACAAAGCAGUAGUGCACUAAGCUAAGGCAAGCAUCACAAACAGGAAGUAUCUAUCAUUCAUCAGGACCUCGAAACCUAUAGCUGAAGCAAAUUGUUGUUUACCAGUUGGCUGUAGUGCAGCUUGGUGCUAAAACAUAUCAGCCAAUGGCUCAGGGAAGGGAUCAAAGCUUUGGCCAGUCUAUGGGCACUCUCCAAAGGUUGGAUACUUUGGCUAGUCGCUUUUUUUACAAGUAUCGCAAGGGAAACCAAGAAAAAUCUCAAGAGAGUGAUGGGCCACACAUCUCAGACUACACCAUCAUUUGGGACGAAACAAUGAAAGAAUUUUUAGCCAAAGCCAAAGAGGAUUUCCUAAGGAAAUGGGAGUGUCCUCCACAGAGCACAACAUGCCUUGAUGACUUUGAGAGACUGAAAACUCUUGGUACAGGCUCUUUUGGAAGAGUUAUGUUAGUGAAACAUAAAGGAACAGAGCAAUACUAUGCUAUGAAGAUCUUGGACAAGCAAAAAGUGGUGAAGCUGAAACAAAUAGAACACACAUUAAAUGAGAAGAGAAUAUUGCAGGCGGUGUCUUUCCCUUUCCUUGUCAGAUUGGAAUAUGCUUUCAAGGACAACUCAAACCUGUAUAUGGUUAUGGAGUAUGUCCCCGGUGGAGAGAUGUUCUCACACCUUAGACGAAUUGGAAGAUUCAGCGAGCACCAUGCAAGGUUCUAUGCGGCUCAGAUUGUACUCACGUUUGAGUACCUCCACUCUCUAGACCUCAUCUACAGAGACCUGAAGCCUGAGAAUCUUCUUAUUGAUCAGCAUGGAUACAUCCAGGUCACAGAUUUUGGCUUUGCAAAAAGAGUAAAAGGCAGAACCUGGACGUUGUGUGGGACACCAGAGUACCUGGCUCCAGAGAUUAUCCUUAGCAAGGGCUACAAUAAGGCAGUUGAUUGGUGGGCUCUUGGUGUUCUUAUCUAUGAAAUGGCAGCCGGCUACCCACCCUUUUUCGCUGACCAGCCCAUCCAGAUUUAUGAGAAAAUUGUAUCUGGCAAGGUGCGAUUCCCCUCUCACUUCAGUUCAGACCUAAAGGACCUGCUGAGGAAUCUUCUUCAGGUUGACCUCACAAAACGCUUUGGCAAUCUAAAGAAUGGGGUCAAUGACAUUAAAAACCACAAGUGGUUCGCUACAACAGAUUGGAUUGCGAUUUAUGAAAAAAAGGUGGAGGCGCCCAUCAUACCAAAGUGCAGAGGGCCAGGCGACACAAGCAACUUUGACGACUAUGAAGAGGAGGAGAUCCGGAUCUCGGACACGGAAAAGUGCGCAAAAGAAUUCUUGGAGUUUUAGUGGGAUGGAGGAUUCUCAUAGGGCUCUUACAUUUUGGGAUUUUUUUUUCUUUAUUUUGCACUCCUUCGAAGGUGAGAGUGAAGCUAUGACCAUCAUAUGUGUUUAGACUAUUUCACAUUUCUUCAUUCCAUAAGGCUGAGAGAGAUUCAUGAGUGCCAUGUUUCUCUGGGUGCAGUUUGCACUAAGCUAUACAUAGGCACGAGGUGCAGUUUCUCUUUUGGGCUGCAACACGAAGCACCAGACCACACCCUUUUUUUUUCUGUUCUGUUUCAGAAUCUAUCAUCAUGUUAAAGAAUGAUGUGUUCUUCCUGUUGUUGUUAUUAUUGUUUUUUUUAUAUAUUUAUGAAAAGGGAAGAGGCCAGUUACUCUUAUUUGUGGUGACGCAAAUGUUUUAAUUUUAGUCUGUGAAAUGCACUUUUUUUAAGGAUUGGUGCUGCUUGUUCUUGCCAGCAACAUCUUUUGUCUGUUACAUGUUCAUUCAGUUUUUAAGCUUCACACUGUCCAUGACGCACCACAACUUUACGCCCCCUCAGUGUGUGUGUGUGUGUGUGUGUGUGUGUGUGUGUGUGUGUGUGUGUGUGUGUGUGUGUGUGUGUGUGAGUGUGUGUGUGUGUGAGAGAGAGAGAGAGAGAGACAGUGAGUGAGCAUGUGUGUAUAUGUGUGAAGAAUAAAAACUGUUGAAGGCAUUUUAUUUUUAUUUUUAAGGACAGAAUAAUCAGAUAGGUACACAAUAUCGGCCAGAGCACAUACAUGGCAACCCCGCAACUGCUAGACCAAUACAUAUCGGUAAAACAUUAUCAUUCAUGUCAUUUUUAAGCACACUGUGCUUUGGUAUUUUGAUGAUUAAUGACCUAGAAAUGUUUAUUUCCAGUAAAAGAUUAAUACACCAGCAUGAAAAUGGCAGGCUGUUACUCUGUGAAGCCAUGUCAUCUGGUUUAAGUGCAACAGCUUAACUUGUUAUUUUGAUUUUUUAAUCUUUUUUUGCAAAAAAAAAAUCAUGAAGUGUCUAUUUUGCUUCCCUUCCCUCUUUUGUGUCACCUUACAUUCUCAGCUGUAUCUCACAUCCAUUCAACAUUCAUUCAACCAAAUUGCCGUUGGAACUAGUAUGUAAAGCCAAAUGGUGGUUACAAAGUGGCUUUCACAUCCAGCACAAAAAAAAACAAUGUUUUGCUGACUGGGCCAUCAGCCUUACGGCUGUGUUUCAUACGUCUGUUUCCUUUACGGAUUUUAUUUAUAAAUGCGUUAAAGAGAUGGCUUAUAUAUGUAAUGUUCUAUUUGUCGAGCUGGCCUAACUGACAUUUCAAGAAAAAUGUCAUUGAAGGUUCUUAACAAAUUUCUAGUUGAAGGCAGUGUGUUUUAUUUAUUUCAUUGGAAUGUUUAGCACUUGACACUCCCAAAAAUGAUAUUUAAAAAAAAUUAUUUAGUUAUUUCACUCGUCAGUGUGGGCUAUAGUAUGCAAUGUCUCUGUAUUUAGUUUGUAUGAUAAUUUGCACAAUGUCAUUUAGAAAGCUGCCCCCCUUCCCCCGUAUUAUUACAUGUAUUUUUAAGGGACGUGUACACCUCUUCGCUGUAGCAUAUUUUAUGUAUCAAAUGAUAUGUCACUGUAACAAAUAAAAGAAAAUGCUUUGUA